UAUGCCCGAUCCAGCCAAGCCUGCGCCUAAGAAGGGCUCCAAAAAAGCCGUGACCAAGACUGCCAGCAAAGGAGGGAAGAAACGCAGAAAGUCCAGGAAGGAGAGCUAUGCCAUCUACGUGUACAAAGUCUUGAAGCAGGUCCACCCUGACACCGGUAUCUCUUCCAAGGCUAUGGGUAUCAUGAACUCCUUCGUGAACGACAUCUUCGAGCGCAUUGCUGGAGAGGCUUCCCGUUUGGCUCACUACAACAAGCGCUCCACCAUCUCUUCCAGGGAGAUCCAGACUGCAGUGCGUCUGCUUCUGCCCGGUGAACUGGCCAAGCACGCCGUGUCCGAGGGAACAAAAGCCGUCACAAAAUAUACCAGCUCCAAGUAA